GUCCAAUCGCCCCAUCAACCCGAAUUUGGCUUGCCGAGAAGAUGACUAUCUUCGACGAGUUGGCCGAAACCGGCGGAGACGACAAAUUCAAAGCCUGGUUAUCCAAGACCAUCGAGACAUAACAGGGAAUUAUUGCUUUCGUCACAAGCUAACGACAAGAUAACCCAGCUAGAGAACUCGACAGCUACCUACGCCUUCGAGCAACUUUGGUACUACAUGCUGCAGCUCUCCCGACUAGACAUCACCACCAUUGGAGCCAUAUCCACGGAUCCGUUUCCCAUCGAGUGGACUGCCACCGAAAGACUCCUAACCUACAACAUGAAUGAACUGGCAACCGUCGUCUCGAAGUACCCUACAAACGACUUCCCCAUCGCCCCCUCCACAACGGCCUAUCUCCACUCACCUCGCCGACGAAACCUCGACAGCGACCGGGAAGACGCUAAAAAGCGACUCUUCGCUCGCCAUCGAUUCAAAUGAAUCAAUAACCGCCACUGCUUUGCUGACAUCGAGCCUUUCAAGUCCUACUGCAACGACUUGCCACCCACAAAUAUACUCGCAGACCUGGAAACGCUGCGUAUUGCAGCUGCACUGGACUUCGAGUUCUCGAACACCAUGCCAGAACAGUUCAUCCACCGUGGUGGCUCCUCUUGACACAUCUAGAAAAUCCCCAAAGUGGCCUGCUUCUCCGGAUGCAUGCGUGACUGCUCGGACACGGUGCGGUUCUGCUUUGACUACGUGAUUAAGAAGAGUUUCGAAUCGAUCACCGGUAUUGGGCUGGGCUUCAUAGACCUUGGGACGAAUUCGAUCUGCUUGAGGAGAAGAUGAAAGAAGAGAUGAAAACAUCGGUGGUAUUGCAGAUAGACGAGUUGAAAGCUUAUGACGCGGGAUGUAAGACGAGGUUUUCUGCUUGAGAUAGCAUAGAUAGCA